AUGGCGAGUUCGCAAGCUCCGUCCGGGCUCUGCCCGGGCAUGGCGGUGACGAUAAGCGGCCUGAAGGCCGCGGCGCACCUCAACGGGCACUCGGGCCGCCUGCUCCAGUUCGACAGGCCCACCGGGAGGUGGCAGGUGGAGCUCGAGGAAGGCGUGAAGGCUCUCAAGGAAGAGAACCUCGUCGUGGCGGAGGCUGGGCCGCUUCUUCCAGGGAGACUCCGCCCGGGGCAGGCGGCCCGCGCCAACGCUGCUGCCAGAGGCCAGAGCUCGCCUGGGCCGAUGCGUCCGCCGCCGCGACCUGGCCUGAGCUCGCCUGUGUCGAUGCAUCCGCCGCCGCAGGCCAAGAGCGGCGAGGAUUUCGCCCCAGGCGACCUCAUCGGUCGGCUGCUCCAAGGCAGCGCGGGCGACCCUGGCGGCGACGAGGCCGACGGCGCGCCCGAGGCUGAGGCCGGGCACUCGCCCGGCACCGAGUGGUCUCCUCGGGACUGGGAGACGAGAGUGUGGCUGCCGAUCCUGGGGCUGGCUACCCAGGGGAUUUUAGUUCACCCGUGA